AUGGACAAACAGGUCCGGCUCGACGACUUGAGUACGCCACCAGGCACACCGUCGGAGCGCAGUCAGUUCUACCAUGACAACGCGUUCUUAUACAAGUACAACGAGUCGCACACUCCUUCGCUCAGGAGCGACAUGUGUCCCGGUGGAGACCCAUUGAUGCAGGAUGACCUCAAGGCUGACAUCAAUAACCCGUCCACCAUGUUCAUCUCGCUCUACAACCAGCGAUCGAGUACCCCCAUCAAGUAUGUCGUAGUAGCAGCAGGCGUCGGCAUUGGUCUUGGUGUUUUAUUCGCGCACCUCAAGAUCGACGGAGCCUAUGCCAAGUGGAUUUCAUUGCCAGGUGAUCUCUUCAUUGCUGCUCUCAGAUGUCUCAUCGUCCCCAUGGUGUUUUGCAGUAUUGUUGGUUGUAUCGGCCAGCUUGUGGAGGCGGGCAAGGCUGCGUCCAUCGGUGGGCGUAUCAUGAGUUACUUUGCGCUGUGCUCCGUGAUAUCGUCGGGUACUGGGGUUGUUUUCGGCGUGCUGUUCUCGUCCUUCUUCCUCCAGCAAAUGAAAGGCGACGAGUCGGAUGUCGUAGCUGAGCUCCGUAUGCACUGCUGGAACGGAGAUGUGAUAUCCAUGGCCAAAGGUGGAGGAAUCGCCUGUGUCAAGGACACCAACACGACGGAGCUGACAAGCAUUCUUGCGCUUAACGACACGAGCUCCAAAUUCGCCACGGCAACCGAAACGUACAGAGACAUUAACGUCUCGCAGCAACUCUUUGCUAUCCUCAACGAAAUCAUCCCGUCGAACAUGAUGAAGGCCUUCUCCAGCUCGUCCACUAUGGGUGUAAUCACCUUGGCCAUUUUCUUUGGCAUCGCUGCCGUCAUGAGCCAUGAACGCACUCGUCGACAGCUUGCUGCAGGUGGCGGCCCAGCCGGAACAACCAAGACAGACAUCGACAUUAACCACCUGCUGCUACUCAUUAACCACGGCGGAUUAGUGUGCCAACUCAUGAUCAACUCGGUAGUGUCUCUGAUUCCGUUCGCUAUCGUGUCCAUGAUUGCCGGUUCGAUGGCCCAGUACACGUCGUCGAUGGAUCUCGUUGAGAGCGUCGGCUUCCUCAUUAUAGCGUUGGCACUGGCACUGAUUACUCUCACGUAUGGCAUCAUGGGGAUGGCGCUCUUCGUGACGACGAGAGUAAACGUUUUCUCGUACUUGCGCCACAUUAUUCCUGCUCAAGUUUUCAUCUUUGGCUGCUCUUCUUCGAUUGCUACAUUACCGAUGACCAUGCGCUGCGUGGACUCGACCCGUGAGGUUUCGUACGCCUUGUCUCGGUUCCUGUUGCCUCUAGGUGCUACGAGUAACCUGAAUGGAAGCGCUUGCUACAUGACCCUGGCCUGUGUCUUCAUGGCCAAGGUUGGCGGCUACGGAGAUCUGCUGACGCCUUUGCGCUACGCUUUGCUGGUGCUCGUGGGUGCAAUCGCAUCGUUCGGUGUAGCCCCCGUGCCUCACUCCGGCCUGGUCAUGGCCAUCACGGUCUGGCACACGGUCUUCAACAUGGAUGUCCCGCCCGUGUUUUCGCUGCUUGUGGGCGCUGACUGGCUGCUGAACCGCAUGCGAGCCAUCGUGAACAUCACGAAUGACACGAUUUUGGUGAGGAUUAUUGCCGACCAGUGCGAUGAGACCACGAUCACGGAGCUUGAGCUCGAAGCGCAGCCAACUCACCUUUCCUAA